AUGACUAGUAGCAUGAAGCACACUUCGCCAGUCAUCCUCUUCCUUACCAUAAGCAUUAGCCUUUCAGCCAUCAGUGCUAGUGGAGAUCAUGACCAAUUCAUCUACACCGGCUUCACCGGUAGCAAUCUGACUCUAGAUGGUGCAGCAAAAAUCACAGCCACCGGCCUUCUUGGGCUGACAAACGAUUCAUUCCGGAUCAAAGGCCAUGCAUCUCACCCAGCUCCGCUACGCUUCCGCAAGUCCCCCAAUGGCACGGUGCAAUCUUUCUCUGUCUCCUUUGUAUUUGGUAUUCUCUCUUCAUUUGGUGAUAUAAGAGGCCAUGGAUUUGCUUUCUUCAUUGCCCCAAGCAAUGAUUUCUCCACUGCCUUUCCAAUCCAAUUUUUGGGUCUUCUUAAUGAUAUAAACAAUGGCAGUUCGACCAAUCACCUCUUUGCAAUUGAGCUUGAUACCAUUAGGAAUGAUGAGUUCGGAGACAUCGACAAUAAUCAUGUCGGGAUUGAUAUCAACAGUCUCAACUCAGUAAGAUCCUCUUAUGCCGGCUUCUAUAAUGACAACAAUGGCGCGCUCACAAAUGUGAGCCUCAUUGGAGAUAAACCAAUGCAAGUUUGGGUAGAGUAUGACGGGAAUGCCGCACAAAUUGACGUGACAUUAGCUCCUCUUGGUAUUGGAAGACCUAAGAGGCCACUACUCUUUGUAGUCUAUAACCUCUCAACAGUGCUAACAGAUCAAGCAUACCUUGGCUUCUCAUCCUCAACGGGCUUAAGCACAGGACAUCACUAUGUUCUUGGUUGGAGUUUUGGGCUGAAUAUUCCUGCUCCAAUCAUUGACCCCACAAAGCUACCUAAACUGCCUAAUCUUAGUCCAAAACCUCAAUCCAAACUCUUAGAGAUUGUUCUACCAAUAGCAUCAGCAAUAUUCGUACUAGCUAUUGGUGUUGCUAUUGUUUUACUCGUGAGGAGACAUUUAAGGUAUAAGGAGGUACGUGAAGAUUGGGAGGUUGAGUAUGGCCCGCACCGUUUCGCUUACAAAGACUUAUUUGAUGCCACUAAAGGAUUUAAGAACAAAAACUUCUUGGGCACUGGAGGAUUUGGAAGGGUGUACAAGGGUCUUCUUUCCAAGUCUAAGUCACAAAUUGCAGUGAAGAGGGUGUCCCAUGAGUCGAGACAAGGCAUAAGGGAAUUUGUUGCUGAGGUUGUUAGCAUCGGCCGCCUUCGACACCGGAAUAUUGUGCAGCUACUUGGCUAUUGCCGGCGUAAAGGUGAACUUCUUUUGGUUUACGACUAUAUGCCAAAUGGUAGCCUUGAUAAUUAUUUGUAUGGUCAUAGUAACCGUCCUAUUCUAGACUGGAUUCAACGGUUUCGAAUAAUCAAGGGUGUUGCAUCUGGUUUAUGGUACCUUCAUGGAGAGUGGGAGCAAGUUGUCAUCCACAGAGACAUCAAAGCCAGUAAUGUGCUUCUUGAUGAAGAGAUGAAUGCAUGCUUAGGUGAUUUUGGCCUUGCAAGAUUAUAUGACCAUGGCACUGACAUGCAAACAACACGCCUGGUUGGAACUAUAGGAUAUCUUGCCCCUGAGUUGUUACAAAAUGGUAAGGCUUCACCCCUAACUGACGUGUUCGCCUUUGGCAUAUUUGUUCUUGAGGUUACUUGUGGACGAAGACCCAUUGAACACAAGAUGAAUAGUGAUCAGCUCAAAUUAGUAGACUGGGUGAUUGAUUGUUGGAACGAGAGAUCACUUCUUGAGGCAAUGGAUCCAAAGCUCCAAAAUGAGUAUGAUGCUGAUGAAGCAUUCCUAGCUUUGAAACUAGGAUUGCUUUGCUCACACCAAUCACCUGCUGCAAGGCCAAGCAUGUGGCAUGUCAUGCAGUAUCUUAACCAUGACUUGCCAUUUCCUGAGUUGGCGCCAAUGGACAUGGUGCAGAAUCGUCAGGUGGGCUCACCCGUUGCAUAUUGCCAAUCAGUGGUGAGCGAUGGCACCAUCACUGGCCUCUCCGAAGGGAGGUAGCAUCCACCUGCUGCCAUAUAUACACUUAAGUUUCAGUUUAUUUAAUUUUGAGGUAUAUUUCCUCCUAGUAAAAUGUUAUACAUGUAUAAUCUAGUAUGCUUGUCAGGGCUCUAAAAUAAAAAAAAAGUUACUACUAAAUGCUUGUUUAAGCCUUGGUAUGUGUAAUCAAAUAUGUAUUGUUACAUACUUAAAUCCAGCUAAAAAAUGUGUUGCUAGUCU